UAUUUUGUUUGUGUAUCACUAGACUAUAUAGAGUAUAGAGUCAAUUAUAGACUAAUAAAUAUAUAUAGAUCAGUGAAACGUCAUAGAGACAGUUUCACACAGUUGUAGCAUUAUGAACCAAAAAGUUGAGCUCUGAAAGUAGUGAAAGGAGCUGAAACAAAAUGUCUACUAGUGAUGACUUGGUUUUGUCCCUGUGUGAUGAGGUUUGGAAAUGGAGGCUAAAAGAAAGCCCUGAGUUGGCUUCUUUUUGUGGGAUACAUGAGUAUGAUGAUUUGUGGGAUGAUAUCAGUGCAGAGGCAUACACAAGAAGGGAGAAAUGUGUUCAAGAUUUCUUAGCCAAGGCUGUAACUAUUGACAUCAGUUCCUGUGCAGACAAAGUGGCAUUAAGUUUGACUCUUCUCAUUGCUGAUCUUCAGUCUUAUUUAAAAGGAGCAACGUUUAAAAGUUACCUAAUGCCUAUCAACUAUCUGGAGGGUAUCCACAAUGACUGCAAUCAUAUCAUAGCUUCCUACAUGAACUUUAAAACAAAAGAAGAUUUCCAGAAAUACAUUAGAAGGCUUGAAAAUCUACCACAGAGAAUCACUCAAGCAGAGGAGGCACUUAGACAAGGUGUAAGAGAGGGAAUAACUCAACAUUCUGCUUCUGUGGCAAGAGUUCCCAGUCAGAUAGAUGAAUUGAUCAGCAUACCUUUAGAGAGCCAUGAGCUAUUAAAACCAUUUACACAAGCUCCACAGAGUAUUCCGAAAAAUGAAUUAGAUGAGCUCAGAUCUAAAGCAGAAGAGUUGCUGACAUCACAAGUAUUUCCUGCAUUUCAAAAAUUGAAAAAUUAUGUUGAAAAUGAAUAUUUCCAGCACUUGCGCCCGAAUGAAGGAAUUAGUUCCAUUAAAGAUGGUGACCUCUGGUAUCAGCAAUGCUUGGACUAUCAUCUGAGCUGUUCCAUGACACCGCAGCAAAUUCAUGACCUUGGGCUCAAGGAAGUAGCUCGUAUUGAAGCACAAAUUUUGAAAUUGGCAGAGGCUGAAGGUCUUGGUCAAACCUUACCAGAUAUUUUGUCUGGGAUUAAAAUGAGACAGAAAAAUACUCUAACCACUAAGGAUGCAGUUUUGGAGUUUGUCAGAAACUUGUGCUACAACAAAAUAAGGCCUAAAAUUUCAUUGCUGUUUAGAGAUUUACCAGAUAUGCCAAUGAGCAUAAAGCCAGCUCCUGAUUUUAUGAAGAAUUCACCUGCUGGUUUCUACUUUAACGGAACACCAGAUGGCUCCAGGAGUGGUUGUUACUACAUCAACAAUCACAAUCCAGAGGAUUGUCUACCUUUUGAGUUGCCUGCCUUGAGCUUACAUGAAGGGGAACCUGGCCACCAUUUACAGGGGAUCUAUGCACUAGCUGCUACUGACCUCCCAGACUUCCGCAGAUAUUCUGAGGAUAGUAAAUACUACUUGCCACCUGGAAAAUUUGCAUUCCACACUGCUUAUACAGAGGGUUGGGGUUUAUACUCUGAAUUUCUUGGUGAGGAACUAAACAUUUAUGAAAGCAAACUUGAUCAGAUUGGUCGUUAUAGUUUUGAGAUAUUUAGAGCUGCCCGCUUGGUUGUUGAUACAGGGAUUCAUGCCUUUGGGUGGAGCAAAGAGAAAGCUGUACAGUAUAUGGAGGCCCACACUUUGAUGUCUAAAAAUGAAGUGACCAAUGAAAUUGACAGAUAUAUCACUUGGCCAGGACAGGCCUGUGCUUAUAAAAUUGGAGAAUUGAAAUUCAAGGAACUGAGGCAAAAGGCUCAAGCUGCCUUAGGCACCCAAUUUGACGUGAAAGAAUUCCAUCAUUGUGUAUUGUCCUGUGGAAGUGUUCCUCUUCAUGUGUUGGAGUCCAUAGUGGACCAGUUUAUCAAUGACACACAGAAACAUUAAUGUCAGCCUGUUUCUUAGCAGACAAAUAAAAAAAUUUAAAUAUUU